AAAGCCGCGUAGGCGGACAACGGUAUAUCCGAAUAGGAGUUUUACAAACGAGUUGCAAACUUCGAGCCAACUCGAUCAUAGACUCGUGAUCAGUGAGGAUAAAAGGUGGUGUUUGGAGAGAGCACUGCUCACAAACUAAGCAGGAUCCGGCGGUCGAGAAUGAAGUCUUUGUGGUGCGUAGCGUUCCUUCUAUCCGUAGCGGGCCUGCUAGCCCCAUCCAGGGCCGACAAGGGGCAAGAGCACUGGCAAUACGGCCAUUGGUACGGAAAGAGGGACCCUUCUAACCUCAACAACGCACAGAUUGAUGACGUACUACGCACUUCACCCGAACUACAACAGCUCAUCAGCAAGUUGCUGGAGUUGAACCGCAGGCCCAAGUCGUCAUCACAGAUGUACACAAAAUAUGAUGACGACUACCCUGACGGUGAUGACGUGUCCGACACCACAAAGUCCGGGCCGCCAUCUUGGAAAAGAGUGGCAGACGAAAUGGCGAGAGACGGCUGGCUACUGAGGGGCCAUCCAUCCAUGAGGAAGAAAAGAGCUGCGGAGAGGGAUCCAAUAUGGCGUCCAUGGUGACGUCACAAGGUCACGCCCUGGGUCACUCGUAUCUCCGGUUGUCGAAUGUGUGUCUGGUUGUUUAAUGAUAAAUUUCCGGUCAGAAAUGUCUGGUUUUGAGGCAAGAAGUUGAGUCGUGUAGCUGAACACAAUAACACUGUUCAGACCGACCAUAUGCCAAGGGUGACAAAACAUCAAAGACUAUUUUGUCUAAUAUGUUGCACUAUAAAAUCGGAAUUCAGAUUGUGUCCUAAAAUGUCCUAAAAUAUGUGCAGGUUGAAAGAUGUAAAAUACCUUUGUGCGUUAACGAGCUUAAAAAACGCUGCAUUCAAAACAGAAACAGAAGAAUGAUACUUGGAAAAUAUAUUCAUGUUUGAAAUCUUGUGACCUUUUGGAAGGUCACUGUGAUAUAUGUUAUGGCAAAAACUUGUGUUUCGCAUGCGUUCAUUAUAUGAGAAACCGGAAAAAUAAAAUCACUGUUUCAUCGUUGAACAUUAAAUGUGCUGCUCACUCGGUA